UCAGUGCCGUUCCGUCGUCGGUUCGACAACGGUCCAUUCCGCGUUUUCCUUCGUCGCGAUCGCUCCACUCGGUUUUUGGCAAUCGCAAUUGGAAGAAAAAACUGAGCCCUCUUCUGCACGAAUCAGUUUUCUGCACGGAUUAUACGGCAUUUAAAGAAUCGAUAUUCAGAAGCCAAUACAGACAUUUUUGACUCUGUACGCGGGACAUUAGUGAAAAGGAAACGCAAAAGCCACUGAAGUAUAUUGCAAGUAUAUAAUUAGCCAGCUGUCGUCGACACCGGCGUGUUUAGCGACGUCUUAAUCCCCUGGAGACCCCCGCGGAGGCAGUGGAAGGAUAAAAAGACGGCCGCCGGCAGCCACCUGUGACUUCUGCCGGAAGGGCACGGAAAGGUCUUCCUGAUAGUGGGAAAGGGAGAAGGGAAUGAAGUGAGACAGAAGGCGAAGGGGUAUCCGAGGAUAAAUCGCGCAGAAGCGAGGAGUUUUAACUCGAAUCGCCGAGCGGGCGAAUGGCUGCGAUUUCCCCGAGGAAGAUGGGAGUUCCCGCGAGAGCGCAACGUAAGCGGGGUAAGUGAAUGGGGAAGUCGGUGACGUGCGACGUCGUUGGGUGGAAAAACGCGAUCGUUUCGAAGCGACGUCGAUCGCGACUGAUCGAUCUCGAGGAACUACCACCGCCGACUCGUUCCUGACCGCGGUCAGGAAUCGCCGCAGGGAAUCAAAUUAGUAUCCUUCGGACGAAGGAGGAGCGCCUUGACGGACGCGGGUAGCGGGGAGCGUAAGGCGACCGUAUUGGAUUUCCAGGAGGUGGACGAGACUCCGAUCGACCUCCUCCCGGGUGAUGCCUUCCUGAGGCGGCGACAUUCUCGCGGUCGUGCUCCAGGUCACCAGGGUGCGACCGACCGGAGAACAUGGCCGAUCUCGAGAGGAUCAGGCUGGUGGUGCUCGGCGGUGCCGGGGUCGGCAAGAGUGCCAUUAUACGACGAUUGCUCGGCCAGGGCUUCAGCGAGCGAUACCGGCCCACCGUCGAAGAUCUGUACUCGCGAGAAUGCGUCCUCGGCACUCUGACGCUUAAGGUCGACCUCCUGGAUACCGCGGGUGACCUGCAGUUUCCCGCGAUGAGGCGGUUGAGCAUAGCCACCGCCCAUGCGUUCCUGCUCGUGUACGCGACGUCGUCAUUACCGAGUUUCGAAUGCGUGAAACGUUGCUUCGAAGAAGUGAGAGAACAACGACCCGACUUUCAGGAAGUACCGAUAGUCGUCGCCGGAAACAAGCUUGACUUAGCGCCAGCGCGAAGGGAAGUACCUAUCGAGGACGUGAGCGAGUGGCUGUUUUGCGAAUUGCCGAAACUACGUGCUAAAGUGAUGGAGUGCUCGGCAAAGGACGACUACAACAUUAAGGACGUAUUCAGAUGUUUCGUCACGCUUUCCAGAAUCGUGCCGAAAAAUCCUACCGGCGAGGUCGAGCAGUCGGGGCUCAGGAGAAGAUGUUCGGCAUACGGAUCACGCAGGUCGGGUAGCCCGGGCGGCAGAACCGGCAGCGCGGGCCCCGUCGGGAAUUCCCAGCAAGUGGUCGCCGCUCAGGGUUCUAGCGUCGUCUCCGUUACCGAGGAGGUGAAGAGCAAGCCACGCAGUCGCAGCCUGAUCAGACGCACCUCGAGAAAAACGAAACAGCAGCUCAGAGAUGCCCGCACCGAUGACUGCAACAUCUCUUAAAUCAGCUGCCCCGGCAGGUAAACGAGUUUCGUCACGACCAGAAGUCCGUCUGGUCCCGAUUAUUGCGAUGCAACGCGACAACGAGCAAUCAAGUUGUUUUGAUCAAGUGCGUUAAGGUAAGACUCGAGCUGACAUUCGCGAUUUGCAAGAGAACGAGAUGAGAGCGGUCUUGCAUAUGGUUACAUGAACGAUGGACUAGCGUUUACUACUUACUCCGUUUUUAGCCACGGAGCUGCGAGAAGCAAGCGCGACACCGUAGAUAAAAUGAUUAGUUUCAGAGGAAGUCUAGUUCGAAGCUCGAACAUAUACAAACCGUCGACUUUGUGAGAUUUAUACCAGAAAAUACACGUGUAUCGAUAACAGGAGUAUUGUCGUCAAGUAUUAAGUUUGAAAUUUAUUUAUCCCUUGGCAAAUAAUUUGGGGCAAAAUGUGUUAAAAAUCGUAAUAAAGCUUUAAAUAUAUCUUUUCACGAGAACGUAAUUUUUUAUAUAAAAAUUAUAAAGGGAGAGAUUAAAUGAUUUAUUGAAUUUAUGUUACGAAAACUGCGAAUUCAAAUCGUAACAGCGUCACAGGUUUUUGUUAUCGAUAUACACCUUUCUUGGAAUAUCCCCUGUAUAUAAUGAUAUAAGUGUGAACGUGAAAUUGGCGUUUAAUGAUGAACAUGUAAUUGUUUUCAACGAAUGGAUGAACUCUUAUAUUUCCCCGUGUAAAUAAUAUGUUGAUUUAAAGUAUUCUUAGGAUAUUAUAUAUGCAACAUUUUCUUGGGAUUAUUUUUACACGUUCUCACAAAGUAUUCCAAAAAGUAUUAUAAAGCGUAUAAAGAAAGGAUUUUAGUACGUAUGGAAAGGUUUAUUUAACAAGGUAUACGGGGAUGUUUACGUAUAAAAGCAAGAAAGCACGCAUAUCGCUUUUCGAAUAUGUGUAUACAUAUAUAUACAAUUGCUCAUAAUUUCAAAAGAACACAUACACUAAUCAAUCGUAUAUAAUCCGCGAAUUUAAAAGCGUUAUUUCUCGAAAAAGUUAUGAUCUCAAGUCUGGGUUUCGCACGAAAGAUUUACAAGAUUAAAAAAAUUUCUCGCGACGAGCAUCUAAGGUCGCAACAGUGAGAUGAAACUGAAAAUAUAAUCUCGACAACGUCAAUUUAAAAAGUACGGUUUUGUGAGAAUCACCCCUUUUCGUUACUUGAGACAAGAAAUUGAAGUAUACACUUAACUUUUGAUGCCACUCAAACAACGAAUAAUUGGCAAAAAAUUUACAAUUGUUACCUAAAGUAAUUAUAAUAUUAAAAUGUUUAGCAAACCAAAAUCAGUUCAAGUACUGUCUUAAUCAAAUACGAGAACUUCAUAAAAAGAGACGCGCUGCGCUUAAAUACUCAUUACGACCAAUUAAAAUUUUCCGGUAGCAAAGACACGUUAAAAAAUUUUUAUUUCGCAAUGCACGCGAUGCACAUCUUCGCGUAAAUAUUAAUUCCGCUCGUGUUAAAAGAAGUUACCGUCGCGAGCAAUGCCGUGGCGUAAUAAGAAAUUCGUUUGUAAAUUAUGAGUUGCAUAAUAGUCAAAGUAGAAAGUACCUUUUCCCGCUACCUCUCUGCGAACUCUAUUAUCAGAUAUGUGCUUUCCUCUUUGUUCAUAAAAUGACGAUAAGCUACUGCAAUAAAUUGUGCAAUCUGUAUUUCAAUAUAUUUUCCGGGAACGUGUUAAAACUUCAUUCUUCGCUUCAAGAUUUCAUUCCUGAGUGCAACAUUUUGCUUAACAUGAAUAUUACUGAUUUUAGAUAAGUUUCACAUUAAAUAGGAUGAUUUUUACAUAAGAUUCGUGUGUGCUUGGAAUUAAUUCUUUCUUUAUCACUCCACUUAAAUUAUUCUCUAUUUGUAUACAAACUUCACAGACGAGUAAGUGAAUGACGAUAUUUCUAAUUGUAAGAUCGCGUAUGUAGAAAAUUGUUGGCAAACUAUUUUAUCGAAGCUUUUAAUUGUGCGCUGUAUUCUAAUUUUGAAGUUAAUCAUAUUGAUCAUAUAUACAAAGUGCACAAUUAAUCACAUUGCAGUCAUUGAGCGUGUUAAUAUCCCGAAAGUAAUUGCAAUAGUUAGGACUUAUAUAUUUGUAACCUUUAGAAAUUCCAGUGACGCAUACCUACGGGAGAUAUAUCGAAGCACAUUAUUUUAGAUAUUUGGAUUUAGAUAGGAUAAUAAUUAUAAUAUAUAAUUAAGGACGAAUCGAUAGAAACGACUCUCCUCCUUGUUCUAUAAUUAACUUUAACGAAUCUCAGUCGUGCUGCAAUUUCCCCAAGCUAUUAUAACAUUUAACUUACUGUAAUUAUAACGUGAUUAUUUUAUUGUUAUCCAUUAUUUGUAAAAUUUCCGUUGUAAUAUUUCUUUGACUGACAUUCU